AUGACUUUACUCAAAUCUCGCACAGUAUUGCUCCUGUGGGCUACCUGGGUCACGAAUGCACGGACGGAGCCGGACAUUCGCGCAAGAGUAUCGUUGGAGCGAGAUCCCCUCGAUGGUACCCAUGGUCCAGCUUACAUACAACAGCCACUGGAUGACGUUCAUCGAGCAAAUCACGCACUGCCCGACGAGCAUGGAUGGGAGAACUUUGAGGAUUUUCCACCUUCUCCCGACUGGAACGUGAGAACGGCGGCAGAGCCUGGCUUGACGUACAACAAGACUCUACUGCCCUUGGUCUACGAGCCAUUUCCUCUCGGCGAGGUCAAGCCGCUGGGAUGGCAGCGUCAACAACUGGAGCUGAUGGCUGAUGGCCUUCCCGGACAUAUGCAUGAGUUCUACAGACUGGUCAAGGAUGCUCCUUGGAUGGGAGGUCAUUCCGAAUACUCACCACUAAACGAAGCCUACACAUACUACUACGAUGGAGUUGUGCCAUUGGCCUACCUACUAGACGAUUCACGAUUGAUGGAUCACGUACUGAACUCCACUGACUUCCUCCUCAGCCAGCAACACGAGGAUGGCUGGCUAGGUCCAGAGACUGACGUCAGGAGACGCAAUUUUUGGGGCAGAUAUCCGUUGUUUCUUGGCUUGAUGCAGUUGGCUCAGGCUGAGAAACACCGCGAGCGGGAGAUCGUUCGGGCUAUGCACCGCUUCGUUGAACGCAUGCACGAGAUGCUGAAGAAUGGUUAUCAAGGCUACGUAUGGAAGCCUGGAUCCAUGUUUGACCAACAGUGGGGCCGCGCUCGAGCCGCAGAUAUGGUUCUAGCCCUGCAGUGGCUUUACGAACACCACCCACACGAGAACCCCGACAAGCUGCACGAUUGCAUCGUUUGGAUGUACGAGAUGGCAUACGACUGGUCGGCCUACUUUGAGGAGGACGUCUUCCUGAAGGACGACCUCGAGCAAUUCCCCAAUGAUGUCCUCGAUUCACUCUUUCCCUUCCUGCACGUCGUCAAUGCAGCCCAGGGUCUCAAGAGCCCGGCCGUCAUGCGCCGCCUGACCCACGAAGACCGCCUCCUCGACAAGGCCCGCAUUGGUGUAGACUGGACAUAUCGGUAUCAUGGAGGCCCCUCUGGCGCCAUCUAUGGAGAUGAACGCCAGUCCUCUCAGAAACCGUACCGCGGCACAGAGCUCUGCAGCGUCGUCGAGUCCUUGUUCUCCUUGAACUACCUCUAUCAAGCCAUCGGCGAUGCCUCUUUCGCCGAUCACGCCGAAAAAGCCGCUUUCAAUGCAAUGCCUGCCAUGAUCUUGCCCGACUGGUGGGCACACCAAUACGUUGCCCAAACCAAUCAGCCCGCUAGCCAUGAGCUCCGUGGCAACCCCUUUUGGAACGUGGGACCAUGGGGCACGACUUUUGGCACGGAGCCAAAUUACCCUUGCUGUGCCGUUCGUUUUAGCACCGGGCUUCCGAAAUAUAUCGCCUCAUCCUUCGUCCGCGCUGCAGACGGGGAAGACCACAUCAUCCACGGACUCCUCGGCCCCUCCGAGCUACGCACCAGUUUCCGCAAGUCGCACUCCCACCGCAAGCACGACGUCCGCAUCACCUGCAUAACCAACUACCCCUUCUCGCACUCCCUCAGCUACAAGAUCCAGACGCCCCAUCCACUCCGCUUCUCCAUCCGCAUCCCUGCCUGGAACCUGCCCUCCGCCUCCGGCUACCGCAUCAAUUCCGGCCACACCUUCCAACUCGACCCCGAUCCAGCCACCAGCCUACACACCCUCCUCAUCCCCGCCGGCACCACCACACUCGACCUCUGGCUCGGCGCCAACAUCCGCAUCUCCCACCACGAAUCCUCCACCAUCAGCAUCCACCACGGCGCCCUGACCUACGCCCUCCCCAUCCCCGCCACCUACUCCCACCGCCGCCCCGGCCGCUACCCGGGUACCGACGCCCCCGAGCAGGCCCGCGACUGGACCAUCGAGCCGCAGGACAACGCCACGUGGAACCUCGCCAUCGACCCUAGCACAUUGCGUUUCUUCGCCCAUGGCGGCAACCACAGUCACAGCAACCGCGAUGGCGAUGGCGAUGCCGCAGCCCCGCCGCUACCGAAUCCAGUAUGGGCCGAGGGCGCGCCGCCUGUAGGCAUCAGCGUGCUGGCGUGCCCCGUCAAAUGGGGGCUGAAUGACGAUGGUUGGGCGGACAUGCCGCCCGGCGAGGGGAGCAGGAACUGUACGGGCCGGGCGCGCAUGGUCGAGUUGCGCCCGUAUGGGAGCACGCCGAUCCGGGUCGCGCAGUUUGCGGUGGUGGAUUUGGGGCAGGGCAGUGGGGAUUUGUGGGUGCCGGGGGCGUCUGGGGCGAGUGGGGAAGCAGAAGCAGAAGCAGAAGCAGAAGCAGAAGCAGGAGGAGGAGAAGGGGAGGAAGAGCGCGAGGAACUUUAG